AUGGCCGUCAAAGGUAGCGUGAUAAUGACCACUUCUCGCCUCAAAAUCGACUAUACCUCCAAGCUCGUGCUUCAGAUCACUCUGGCUCUGAUCACAUUCUUCGGAGCGCUGGCGUUCUUGCUCGCCGACCUUCGAGGGACGCUGCCGAGGAAGCCGACUUCGAUUGCGAGCACUACGGGCUUCUUGGCUGGCUCGGAUAUCUGUGAUGAGCAGAAAGUGCGACUGCCGAAGAAUGUAGAGUUGAUGAGCAGGAAAGAGCUGGAUUCGGUGCUUGAUGGCUGGCUGUUCAGUCUUGGCUGGUGGGGCGUAUCUCCAAGUCGGCCAGGGAGCGAAGGAAGCGAAGACCUUCCUUCACUCCAGGUUGGUGCUGGCAAGGAGAGGAGAUUUGGCAUUGAUAUUGGCGAGCCGGAGCAGCUGGGAUUCAGGGAAACGAAGUGGUCCUUCUUGAGGAGACGCCGAUUCCGGUCAGACAGGACGUGA